UGUCGACAUGGCGCAGGCGGCAGUCGAGCACGAAGUACUGAGAGGACCAACACCGUGAAGUUAAGAAAAGAAAAUACAAUACUUCCUCAAGAUUUUCCCUACAUUUGUAUCUUUUUACACCGAGGAAGGCAGUUCAACUUUUGAGAAAGCUCUGGAUCCUACUUUGUUUGACGGAAGCACACGGGUAAAGUUACAGAUUCCAAACUUGCUGUAGGCUUUGGGACUAUUGUAAGUGUUGCAGGGUUAAGACAGCAAACUGAAGAUGAUGUCUGAUGCCAGUGACAUGUUGGCAGCCGCCUUGGAGCAAAUGGACGGUAUCAUAGCAGGGUCCAAGGUGCUGGAUUACUCCAAUGGCAUCUUUGACUGCCAGUCCCCAACAUCCCCCUUUAUGGGGAGUUUACGAGCACUGCACUUGCUGGAGGAUCUGAGAGGGGUUCUGGAGCUCAUGGACACUGAGGAGAGAGAGGGACUGCGUUGCCAGAUCCCCGACACUACAGCUGACAGCCUGGUGGAAUGGCUGCAGGGAAACCUGUCCAAUGGACACGUUUCAGUGACUGGUGACAUUUAUCAAGACAGACUUAAUCGUCUUGAAAGUGACAAGGAAUCUCUCGUGCUUCAGGUGAGUGUCCUGACAGACCAAGUGGAGGCCCAAGGCGAAAAGAUAAGAGACCUAGAUCAGUGCCUUGAGGAACACCGUGACAAGCUGAAUGCCACUGAACACAUGUUGCAGCAGGAGCUCGUCUGCAGGUCUGCCCUUGAGACCCAGAAGAUGGAGCUGAUGUCUGAGCUUUCCAACCUGAAACUGAAGCUGACUGCCCUGGAGAAGGAGAGCAUAGACUUGGAUGAUGGGUUCAGAGACAGUGAGGGUUUGAUCCUGGAGGUUAAUGAGCUGAGAUAUCAAGUUUCUGAGAUGGAGAAUGAACGGCUACAGUACGAGAAGAAACUGAAGUCCACGAAGUCUCUUAUGGCUAAAGUGUCUAGCCUGAAAAUCAAAACGGGCCAGUUGCAGUAUGAAAAACAGAGGAAGGAUCACAAAAUCCAGGCACUCAAGGAGGAGCUGGCUACGUUUAGACGACAGCUGGAUGGCAGAGACCUGAAGAGGCUGCAGGAUGAGACGGGAUCUAGGUUGGCCACGCCCACACUCUUGGACAGCUCAGAGAGAGUCUUCCAUACAGAGGAAACUUUUAAAAAGAGGCUGAGAGACAAACAUAUGGAGGUGCAGAGGAUGAGAAGGACUCUGGAGUCGCUGAUGGCAGCCAAUGAGGAGAAGGAUCGCAAGAUUGAGGAACUUCGCCAGUCACUUGGGCAUUACAAGAAUCUGCAAGCCAUGGUGUCAUCUGUGCAAGGCAGAAAAGAGGGAAACGCCCUCACACCGCCCCUCACCCUCUACGUCUUCCCAGAUGAAGAGAGAGGGGAAUGUGAUGACAGCAGUAGCGACAGCUCCCUCGACGUGUCCACUGCCAUCUCAGUUUCCAUGGACACAGAGAAGUCCAUGCUGGCUAGUGCCGAGAACGGAGCUGGGAAGAGUCUUGGUGAGCCUGCUAUGUUUGUCAGUGCGCUGCAGGUUCCGCCCCUCUCGCAGUACAAACCCGAGACUGGCGUAGACGUGGAACAAACGCAGACCCAGAGAAAGGUAGAAGCCCCUGAGUUUGAGCUCCAGAGUCCUGAGGAGAGCAGCACUAGUGAGAAGAGGCCGUUGGCAGUGGGGCAGAGCCCAGCAGAGAGCCGAGCGUAUGACGAGCUCAACAAGAUCACGACUCUCCCGCCGAAGUCACCCACCAGUGCCUCGCGGGACGGGGACGAUGACGCUUUUGGGAGCAAGAAGGCACGUUCUUCGUUUGGACGGGGUUUUUUCAGGAUCAGAGGGGGAAAAAGAACCGCCAGUGCUCCAAAUCUCGCUGAGACUGAACGGGAGGGUACAGACCACCUGGACCUUGCAGGGCUGCCCCAGCGAUCGGGCCAGAGUGACAGCACACGUACUCUCCCCACCUGCCCCGGGGGCAAGAAGAAGCCUAAAGGGAUCAAAGCGUUUCUCGGGAAGCUCAGAAGAAGUCAGUCAACCUCGUUCGACUUGGAUGAGAACCUGUCGGAGAAUGAGUUCAGGCGUGGGGGUGUUCGAGCCACGGCCGGGCCCCGGCUAGGGUGGUCACGGGACCUUCACAACACCACAAGUGAGCUGGACGCCCCAUUUGCUCGUUGGUCCCGGGAGCAGGUGUGUGAUUGGAUGCAGGAGCAGGGACUGGGUCUGUACGUGAACAUGGCCAGGCAGUGGAUCUCCUCGGGACAGACACUGCUCCAUGCCUCCCAGCAGAACCUGGAGAAGGAGUUGGGCAUCAAGCAUCCCCUCCACAGAAAGAAGCUCCAGCUAGUUUUGCAAGCCCUGGGCUCUGAGGAGGAGGACAACCAAGGCAAACUGGACUACCACUGGGUGACGAGGUGGCUUGACGAUAUCGGCCUCCCUCAGUACAAGACCCAGUUUGAUGACGGGAGAGUGGAUGGGCGCAUGCUUCACUACAUGACCGUGGAUGACCUGCUGUCCCUGAAGGUGGGCAGUGUGUUACAUCACCUCAGCAUCAAGAGAGCCAUCCAAGUCCUGCGUCUCAACAACUACGACCCCAACUGCCUGCGGCGCAGGCCGUCCGACGAGAAUAACGUGAGCCCGGCCGAGGUUUCCCAGUGGACCAACCACCGCGUGAUGGAAUGGCUGAGAUCAGUAGACCUGGCGGAGUACGCGCCCAACCUGCGGGGCAGUGGCGUGCACGGAGGACUGAUGGUUCUGGAGCCUCGCUUUAACGUGGAGACCAUGGCCCUACUGCUGAACAUCCCUCCCAACAAGACCCUCCUGCGGAGGCACCUGGCCACACACUUCAGCCUGCUGGUGGGCACAGAGGCCCAGCAGCUAAAGCAGGAGUGGCUGGAGAACCCAGACUACACGCCACUCACCGCCACAGCUAAGGUCAAGCCUCGGAAGCUGGUGUUCGGGAGCUUUGGGAGUCUGAGGAAGAAGAGGCAGCAGGACGGUGAGGAGUACGUCUGCCCCAUGGAUGUGGAGAUGCCCAAGAGCCACAGCUUCCAGAAGGGCUACAGAGGGGUGGAGCUCCACAUCUACGAGGAUGAACUGGACCGAUUGGAGCAGGCACGAAUGGAAGACUCCGAAGGAACUGUGCGGCAGAUUGGUGCUUUCUCAGAGGGCAUUAACAACUUGACGAGCAUGCUGAAGGACGAUGAGCUCUUUAAGGAGAUGUCGACGUCCUCGCCCAACCCCAGUGUGGCUGACGACAACAGCAAUAUUUGAGGCCAGUCGCCAGGCUCCUCUGCCCAGAGUUCUGCUGCUGUGAUCUGAACUGACUCUGCCAACCUCUGUCUGCACUCCCUCUCUCUCCAUCCAUCCAUUCAUCUAUCCAGAAAUACCAUUUCAUUCUACAUAUCUUACAUAAAUAAACCUAAAGGAACCAAAAUACAGUAUACAUAACCACAGUUACAGUGCUCAUAGCAGAGUAGGUGUCAUUCCUGAUUAAUGUAUACUAUGCGUAGAGGUGGGAAAUACAUCCCCGGGAUUUGGCCCAGUGUUGGGCUGAAAUUGUAGUCACACACUUUGAGGAUAGACGUGUGCGAUUUAUGCAGGGAUGAGCGGUUAGAGUGGCUGCCCUACUGUAGUUUGUCUUCCAGCAGGUCUCUGGAGACUAAGGCACCCUUUUCUCUGCUUGGUUUGUUUGUUCCUGUGUUUCUGAGAGAUGGAGCACAAUGACAUUUUUAUCAUAGACAUAUUUUAGAACAUUACAUAAGAGAUUUUUAAAAUACUGCCAUCUGGCAAAGCAUUAAACAGUCCCAGAAAGAACAUCCGCGUCUCACAAUGACUGCGAUCAUGUCUGUAUUCUUGCAGAAUUACACAUCAUUGAUAUGUUUGACUCUGAAUACUGUGUAUGCUCACAUACCUUUGCCAACAGUAUAUUUAACAGUAGAAGUAGUA